AUUUCUCGCCUGGCUUUCGUGACGAUUUUGCUUCAAGGUGAACACUUUAUUUUGUCGCUUAUAUAUAUCGGGACUGUCAGAACAUUAGCAGAAAAAUAAUGAAAAGGAAGAUGUAACAGGUCAGUGGUUAUAAUUCUGUAUACGAGAGUUAAUUUUGAACGGUCCCAGUGUAGAUUAUUAGUGGCAAUAAUAGCAAAACUUGGUUGAUAGGAAUGGAAGUGCGUGGAAAAUACAAGAGAAAUUCGACGUUUUGAGCGAAGGCCCUUCCUCUGGGAGCUAGUAGGCAAACUUCUCGACGAAGAACUAACUUCCCGAUGAAAGAACUUCGCUCGAAACGUCGAAUUUCUCCCUGUAUUUUUCAACUACAUCACUAUCAGCCAUUUUGUAAUAUAAAAGUUACCAUCUAGCGCAAACAUGACUUCCACAAUAAUGAAGUAUUAAACACUGUUGGUUUGGCAAAACAAAUGGCGCUGCAAGAAUGAUGUAUCAGUUUCUUAUGCUCAAAAGAGUCCAUUUAUAUUCUCUUCUAAUAAGGGUGGUUCAAUCUCAUUUUUCGUUCAUGUUUUUGAGUUUAUUCUAUUAAUGAUUGCGAAAUCUCGCGUAUCAAUAAUUUUUUCUUUUGUAAAGUGGAAACACCACAUGAAUCUUUUUUGGCAAUUGCAAUUGGGCGCUAUAUUUUGAUACUCGUGUAGUUUGCAAACUGUAUCUCUGAAUAUUAAUAUUCUCAUUUUUAUGAUCAGAAAUUCUGUAAGAACCGAGAUAUUGUAAAGAUUCAAUAAAGAAAGAUUCGAGGGAACAGUUGGGUGAUAUUUUUUAUCGAAAUUUGACCGUACGGGGAAAAGAUCUGAAAGGCUGAAACCAUGUCUAGCAAAUGCGACUUGUGCAACAAGAUAUUUUCCCAGAGAAGCUCUUUGCUAAAACACAAAAGAACACACACUGAAGACAAACCUCAUGAAUGUGAUGUUUGCAACAAAAGAUUUUCCCGGUCACGUGUCUUAAUUGUACAUAAGAGAACACACACUGGAGACAAAUCUUAUGAAUGUGAUGUUUGCAACAAAAGAUUUUCGCAGUCAGGUCACUUAACUGCACAUAAGAGAACACACACUGGAGACAAACCUUAUGAAUGCCAUGUUUGCAACAAAAGAUUUUCCCGGUCAGGUAACUUAACUUCACAUAAGAGAACACACACUGGAGACAAACCUUAUGAAUGCGAUGUUUGCAACAAAAGAUUUUCGCACUCAAGCACUUUAAGAAAUCAUAAGAGAACACACACUGCAGUCAAAUCUUAUCAAUGUGAUGUUUGCAACAAAAGAUUUUCGCUCUCAAGCACUUUAAUCAUCCAUAAGAGAUCACACACUGGAGACAAACCUUAUGAAUGUGCUGUUUGCAACAAACGAUUUUCACACUCAAACACCUUAGUUACACAUGAAAGAACACACACUGGACAGAAACCUCAUGAAUGUGAUACUUGUAAGAAGAGAUUUUCGUGCUCGAGCAACUUAACUACGCAUAAACGAACACAUACUGGAGACAAACCUUAUGAAUGUGAUGUUUGCAACAAAAGAUUUUCACAAUUGUGCAACUUAGCUACCCAUAAAAAAGGACAUACUCAAGAUAAACUUUAUGAAUGUGAUGUUUGCAACAAAAGAUUUUCACAAUUGUGCAACUUAGCUACCCAUAAAAAAGGACAUACUCAAGAUAAACCUUAUGAAUGUGAUGUUUGCAAAAAGAGAUUUUCAUGCUCCGGCAACUUAACCAAGCAUAAAAGAACACACACUGGAGAGAAACCUUAUGAAUGUGAUGUUUGCAAGAAGAGGUUUUCACAAUCGGACUACUUAACCAAGCAUAAAAGAACACAUACUGGAGACAAACCUUAUGGAUGCAGUAUUUGUAAAAAGAGAUUUUCACAAUCAAGCCAUUUAGCUACUCAUAAAAAAACACAUACCGCAGACAAACCUUUUGAAUGUGACAUUUGCAAGAAGAGAUUUUCAGAAUCAUACAAGUUGACACGACAUAAAAUAUCAGCACACAAGGUAAAGCAGUGUUUUGAGUGUGCUAAAUGUAAGAAAACAUUCACACAACGUAAAAAUCUCAAACGUCACUGGAGAGUACAUUCAAGAGAUGGCUUAUUAUUCUGCAACAGUUGUGGCAGGGAAAUUAUUCAAGAACAUGGACAUGAUGGUGAGAUACUGAGUGGCGAUUAUUGUGUCUGUGACAAGUGCGACAAACCGUUCCCUGAUAUUGAAAGUUUAUAUCAGCACAAGGCCAAAGACCAUGGUACGUCCUACCAAUGUUAUGUCUGUAAGGAAUUCGAAGCAAAAGAAGCAACUGGUAUUUGUUAUAUCUGUUGUGUCUGCAAUGCCGAGUUUGAAAUUGCCACCGAACUUGAAGAUCAUAUGAGUAUGCAUGACAAUGUGCUGCCCCACUAGCAAGACAAGAUAAAACGUAGUUCAGUCAGUCUGCACUGUUCUUGAAAUAAAUCCAAACAGGGCUUUGAAUUGUUGAUUUGACAUAUUUAUUGUCUAGACUUUCCAGUGAGUCUAGACAGUGAAUUAGAGAUUUUGAUUCCAUGUUUACGCGUCAUCACAUCAAUAUUUCGCAUAGUUAUUGUUUUCAAAAACUAUCGCUCGUGUGGAUGGCGAUCUUCUGUGAUCAUUCUUACUAUGUUUACACUUUUAAAUUGCCAACUCUCAAUUGCUGUCACAUAUGCGUUUUCUCAACUUUACAGAAGGAGAUUCAGUUCUCUAGUUAAAAGGUUCAAUAUUGUCGAUAUGCGAAAAGUGGAUAAUAUUUUCAAAUAUCAAUAUUUUGGAAAUAUCGAUAUUUAUCAAAGAUAUAUUGAUAUAUCUCAUCAAUCUAACUAAUGUGUUGUGA